UUAUCCCUCGUCUCCAGCACCACUCCCUCUGCCUCAUGUGAGAGAUCCACUCGCUCGACUCCUCUCUAGCUGUCUCUUCUUCGCCGGAACCAAGCUCGAAGCCAUGGGUUACUUCAGGGAAGCCACCGGAAUACCCGGGCCAAGCGGCUUCGGAUCCAAAUCCACCGCCGAGCAGGUCACCGAAGGCAUCGAUGCUUCCGAUCGCACCGUCAUCAUCACCGGAGGUAGUAGUGGGAUUGGAGCAGAGACCGCAAGGACGAUGGCCGUUAGAGGAGCCCAUGUCAUCAUAGGAGCAAGGAACUUGGAAGCUGCCAAUGGUGUAAAGCAGAACAUCCUUCAGAGCACUCCAUCUGCCAAAGUUGAGGUCUCAGAGCUUGAACUUAGCUCUCAAAAGUCCGUGAGAGCAUUCGCAGAUAGAUUUCUUUCGAGGAAUCUACCUCUCAACAUCUUGAUAAACAAUGCUGGUGUGAUGUACUGUCCUUUCCAACUUUCCGAGGACGGGAUAGAGAUGCAGCUUGCUACAAAUCAUAUUGGUCACUUUUUGUUGACAAAUCUUUUACUCGAGAAGAUGAAAAGCACAGCACAGAAGACAGGAACUGAGGGUCGAAUUGUAAAUCUAUCUUCUGCUGCUCACAUGACAACCUAUAGAGGGGGAAUACGGUUCGAUAAACUCAACGACAAGAGCACAUACAAUGACAAAAUGGCAUACGGGCAGUCCAAAUUGGCAAACAUAUUACAUGCAAAUGAGCUCGCUAAGCGCUUAAAGGAAGAAGGCGCAAAUGUUACAGCGAAUUCUGUUCAUCCUGGUUUAAUUCAGACAAACUUAGGGAGACACUCCCCAGUCUUCGUGACUAUUUUAAGAGCUGCAACUUCCAUCUUGUGGAAGAAUAUACCUCAGGGAGCAGCUACCUCAUGCUAUGUGGCACUUCAUCCAAGCUUGAAGGGAGUCAGUGGGAAAUACUUCGCUGAUUGCAACGUGGAGAAGACGACCGCCAAUGGUAGAAAUGAGGAAUUGGCAAAAAAGCUAUGGGUGUUAAGUGAAAAACUGGUCAAAUCAACCUAAAAUAUGUAAGAAGCUUGUUUGUUGUGUGAUUUCUCUGUUUAAUGGUUCAUCUAAUGGUAAGAAUAAGUAGGAAUAUCAACUUGGUCCUAAUGCACUUUUUAUCUAUGAAAUAUGCUGUUUGUACUGCUUUGAAUUCUUGCUUGAUAAGGUGUUUGAUGUAUUGUUUUUGCACCUUAA